AUGGCGACAGUCACUUCGGGCGAAACGCAAGAAAAGCCACAUGAGUCCAAACAAAUCGUCAGACAAGCAUAUAACAGCAUCGCGGGCUGGUAUCUGAACUGGAUCACGGGCCAAAAAUCACCCCGCGAAGAAUAUACACAAAUGCUGCUGGAUGAGCUUCAAGGCAUUUCCAAACAAGUUGAGUUGGCGACUUCUUCUGACGAUGGCCAGCUCAAGGUACUUGAACUCGGCGCCGGCGCCGGCGUGCCAGUCACCCAAAUGCUCAUCGCGGCAGGCGUCCACGUUCUCGCCAACGACAUCUCCAGUACGCAGCUGAAUCUCGCUCGUGAGCGGUGUCCGACCGCGGAAUUCUUCCCGGGGGACAUGAUGCGGUUAGAUUUUCCCAGCGGAUCUCUCGACGGGGUAGCAUCCUUCUACGCGAUUUUCCAUCUACCGCGGGCGGAGCAGACGGAGAUGAUGAAAAGAAUCGCGCGAUGGUUACGGGUGGGAGGCGUGCUUGUGAUGAAUCUUGCGACGGAGGAUGCGGAGGAGAUUCAUGGCGAGUUCAUGGGUUGGGGCAUGUUUUGGAGUGGGUUCGCGGUCGAGGGGAGCCUUGGGAUGGUGGAGAGUGCUGGAUUGACGGUUGUGAAGAGUGAGGUUAGAGAGGCUGGUGAGGGGCUCUUGGAGGAGGAUGAUCCGGAUUAUGGGGUCAAGUUUUUGUGGAUCGUGGCGAGGAAGGAUAUGGAGGUUGGUGAGGUGGUGGCAGAUUGA